UAAACCAGGUGUGUACACACUGCAGCACACUAAACGACCUGCAAGAUUAUACAAACAAGUAAUAAAUGAAAACCUUAAGGAAUUGGCCCUUACAUACGAGAUAUUAAACGCCAAAGAUGUUGCGCAGCCUUUUUACACUCCGUGGGCAAUGCCACCAGCUGAUGAGGAGCUCCAUCCGGCACCAGACCCCCGCGCAAAAGACACAACAAUUCUGGCGCAUGAAAUCCACAAAUUCUCCGGAGGAAGCUGCUCGCAAAUUACGGGCGAAAUCCACUUUAUACUAUAUAACAGCCGGCGGAGUGCUGAUCGUGGGACUCAGCUACGCGGCGGUGCCACUAUAUAGCAUCUUCUGCCAGGCAUACAGCUACGGAGGAACUACAUCGCAGGGUCACGAUGCCGAAAAGGUGGAGCACAUGCAAAAGGUCGAGGAUCGGGUGCUGAAGAUCCGCUUCAACGCCGAUAUCGGAUCCUCCAUGCGCUGGAACUUCAAGCCCCAGCAGUUCGAGAUUAAGGUGGCGCCCGGCGAAACGGCCCUGGCCUUCUAUACUGCCCGGAAUCCCACAGAUAAGCCGGUAAUUGGCAUCAGCACCUACAAUGUGAUCCCCUUCGAGGCGGGCGCCUAUUUCAACAAGAUCCAGUGCUUCUGCUUCGAGGAACAGCAACUGAAUCCUCACGAGGAGGUGGACAUGCCCGUGUUCUUCUACAUCGACCCAGAAAUCACCGGAGAUCCAGCACUGGAGCACUGCGACACCAUCACUCUGUCGUACACCUUUUUUGAAGCUAAAGAGGGUCUAAAACUUAACUUUCCCAGCUAUGCGAAACCCCAUGCAGCGACUGCGUAAAGGGAACCUUGUUUGAAUCACGUUUUUAAAAACAAUAAAUGUUUGUUAUAUCUAUUGUAAAAUAUUCUGGACAAUCCUUA